AUGAUGACAUCAACUAGAACCAUCAGUACUCUCAAGCGCAUUGUCUCCAACAAUGAUGUUGUGCUCCCUGCCGCCAAGAAGGCCAAGCGAAGCCUCGCACCAGAAUCUAGACCUUCCCAACUAGUCCGUGAAAUGUUUCAAGACUGCGGUGCUUGCAAAGAACAAAUCGUUGCUCAAGCGCAACACAAGUUCAUCACACCCACCACAGAAAUGAUCGCUGCCUACACCAUGGAUGCCUCCAAGGCUGUCCGAGACAAUAAUAUUGAGAAGCUUCGUGAACUCCACGCUUCUGGCGCUCCCUUGAACUGCUGUAACAAAUUCGGCGAUUCACUGCUGAACAUUGCUUGCCGACGAUCGCACACACAAAUCGUCAAAUUCCUGCUCGAAGAGGUCAAGGUCGAAGUGUACAUGAAAGACGAUACUGGUCGCAUUGCCCUUCAUGAUGCUUGCUGGACAUCCAGUCCCAACUUUGAAAUUGUUGAGCUAUUGCUCAAGGCUGCACCUGAUCUUGCACUCAUGCCCGAUCACAGAGGCCACACACCCUUUGAAUACACCCGUUCCGGAGACUGGGCCAAGUGGUGCGACUUUUUGGCGCAACGAAAAUCGCUAUUUCAACAAUAG